CUAUAUAUAUAUAUAAGUCACAGAACAGCACAAACACUUAUAAUACAUUUGAAGAAAUGAAUUCUCUUCCUUGGCUCAGUCUUUUCUGCUUCUGUCUUUCUAUUUUUCCUCUUUUAGCUUCUUCUACUUUGCUCUUUCAGGGAUUCAACUGGGAGUCAAGUAACAAAGGAGGAUGGUACAACUCUUUGAAGAACCUCAUUCCUGACCUAGCAAAUGCUGGAAUUACACAUGUUUGGCUUCCUCCUCCAUCUCAAAGUGUUGGUCCUCAAGGAUAUCUUCCAGGAAGACUUUAUGAUCUUGAUGCAUCAAAAUACGGUUCAAAAGAUGACCUAAAGUCACUAAUUGCAGCUUUCAAAGAUAAAGGAAUCAAUUGUCUAGCUGACAUAGUGAUCAACCAUAGAACAGCAGAAAGAAAAGAUGAUAGAGGCAUCUAUUGCCUCUUUGAAGGUGGGACUCCUGAUUCAAAACUUGAUUGGGGCCCAUCUUUCAUUUGCAAAGAUGACACUGCUUAUUCAGAUGGCACUGGAAACCUCGAUAGUGGAGAGGGCUAUCAAGCUGCACCUGACAUUGAUCAUCUCAAUCCUCAAGUACAAAAAGAGUUAUCUGAAUGGAUGAAUUGGCUCAAAACUGAAAUUGGAUUUUCUGGUUGGAGAUUUGAUUUUGUCAAAGGUUAUGCGCCUAGCAUAACAAAAAUUUAUAUGGAAAAUACUUCGCCAGAUUUUGCCGUGGGAGAAUAUUGGAAUUCGCUUUCUUACGGACAAGAUGGAAAACUCAACUAUAAUCAAGAUGCAGCUAGAGGUGAACUUGUUAACUGGGUUGAAAAUGGUGGCGGCGUUGUUAAUGCAUUUGAUUUUACUACCAAAGGUAUUCUUCAAGCUGCUGUACAAGGGGAACUUUGGAGGUUGAAAGAUUCAAAUGGAAAACCACCUGGUUUGAUUGGUAUAAAACCAGAAAAUGGUGCAACAUUUAUUGAUAACCAUGAUACAGGUUCAACUCAGAAACUUUGGCCAUUUCCUUCUGACAAAGUCAUGCAGGGUUAUGCUUACAUUCUAACACAUCCUGGAACACCAUCAAUAUUCUAUGACCACUUCUUUGAUUGGGGACUGAAGGAUCAGAUAGCAAAAUUGACUGCAAUUAGACAGAGGAAUGGGAUCAACAUGAAAAGCACAGUGAACAUUCUAGCAGCUGAUGCUGACCUAUAUGUAGCAAAGAUAGACAACAAGAUUAUUGUAAAGAUAGGACCAAGGAUGGACCUUGGAAAUCUUAUUCCCUCUAAUUUCCAUGUUGCUACAUCUGGCCAAGACUAUGCCGUGUGGGAGUGACUUGAGUGCAAUAAAUAAUAUGCGGUGUUCGUUGUAAAUUAUAUAAAAUUUGUUUAACAUGUGCAAUAUUGUAUAUGUUAAAGCAACUGUAUUGUUAUGUCCCAAAAGACAAAGAAUCUGUUUCUAAAAUCUGUUCACUAUUAAUAAUAUUAUUAUUUCAAGAAUUUAAUUACCAUA